GACCACCGUCACAUGGUGGAAAUUUCCACUGUUUAAGCUCCGCUGUUAAACCAAAGGGGUUCGUGUCCUGCGCGCUCACUUCCCCGCGUCUCCGUGCCGCUCAUCUCUGAAACCUGAUCAAUUAAAUAAGCUUGCUAGUGCAGCUGUGAGUCUUCCACUCCAGGGCUUUCGACCGGCAGCUUCAACCCGACAGGAGGAACACAGGCAAUGGAGCGUAUGGAGCUGAAGAAGGUCCGUACCGACAUGGAUGAUGACAGUGCGGACAGCCUGACUGAUCCAUACACCGAACCCAGCAGCUCUGAAAAGACAGCGAUUAGCAGUCCAUUCGGUGACGAGGAAUAUCCGGAGAACCAGAAGUUUCUCAGCAAUGGGAUCACGAAAACACGGAAAUACGAGGAAUUCCAUGAAGAUGAGCCCGGGCAUAUCUCCUUCGGGAUGUCUGUCUUCAACUUGAGCAAUGCCAUCAUGGGCAGUGGCAUCCUGGGCUUGUCCUACGCCAUGGCCAACACGGGCAUCGUGCUCUUUCUGGUCUUGCUCCUGGCCGUGGCCGUGCUCUCCCUGUACUCAGUUCACCUGCUGCUAGUGACCGCCAAGGAAGGAGGUUCCCUCAUCUAUGAGAAGCUGGGGGAGAGGGCUUUCGGUUGGCCGGGGAAGAUAGCAACGUUUGGCUCCAUAACACUGCAGAACAUCGGAGCCAUGUCCAGCUACCUGUUCAUCGUGAAGUAUGAACUGCCAGAAGUCAUCCGGACCUUCAUGGGUAUGGAGGAGACCACUGGUGAAUGGUAUCUGAACGGCAACUACUUGGUGGUGAUUGUGUCUCUGGUCGUCAUCCUGCCCCUUGCACUCCUCAAAAACCUUGGGUACCUUGGAUACACCAGCGGCCUUUCCCUGUCCUGUAUGGUCUUCUUCUUGGGAGUGAUCAUCUAUAAGAAGACUGUGCUCCCCUGUCCCCUGCCCUUCCUCCAUUACGACGCUGUCAAUCACAGCCUCAAUGGGUCAGAGUCAUACCCCUCACUUGCUAGCGAGUCCUUGCAUGACCUGCCCCACCCCACAGGGGCGCAGUUCCAGGACGAUGGCCACCACCUGGACGAGGACAUGUGCCGGCCCAAGUAUUUUGUGUUCAACUCGCAGACCGCCUACACGGUUCCCAUCCUGGCCUUCGCCUUCGUGUGCCACCCGGAGGUCCUGCCAAUCUACAGCGAGCUGAAAGAUCGCACCCGACGGAAGAUGCAGAGCGUGUCCAACCUUUCUAUCUUCGCCAUGCUCAUAAUGUACAUGCUGUCUGCGCUCUUUGGCUACCUCACCUUCUACGAUAACGUGGAGGCUGAGCUUCUGCACACGUUCACCAAAGUGUACCACUUUGACACCCUUCUGCUCCUGGUGCGGCUAGCCGUGCUGACGGCUGUUACCCUCACCGUGCCCAUCGUGCUCUUCCCUAUUCGAUCCUCGGUCAUAAUGCUGCUGUUCAACGGGAGAGAGUUCAGCUGGGUUAGGCAUGUACUGAUAGCAGUCGCCAUCUUGGCCUUCAACAACCUCCUCGUCAUUUUCGUACCAACCAUCCGGGACAUUUUUGGCUUCAUUGGUUCUUCGGCGGCAACCAUGUUGAUAUUCAUUCUGCCUGCUGCCUUCUACCUUCGACUUGUCAAAUCCAUCCCUUUAAAUUCACCUCAGAAGAUCUCAGCAACCAUAUUUCUUGUCAUGGGCAUUGUCUUCAUGGUCGGAAGUCUGUCGCUAAUAGUCCUGGACUGGGUUCACAACCCAUCGGGCUCCAACGGGCAUUGAAACCUGCAGGCUCUGAUGCGGCCGGGAGGGCCAGGGACUUGGUACAAGCCCCCCUCUCGAUGGGUCCGAUCCGACAGGGCCCCCGCUGGACUGCCGCAAGCUGGAGCCUCACGCUCACUGGCUGGUUCCAUGGCUGAACAUUUGUGUACUACAGGGUCGUUUCACUACACAGCCCAACAGCAUUAGAGAGAUGGGGCCACCACUAUGCCCCCCACCCCACCCCCCCGAGAGGAACACUUUUUCGGGAUAAGUGCCAAAAGCAAAUCCGUCUCGCAAGAACAACCCUUGAACGUGAAAGACUGAGAAGUGUAUCCGGAGACUGACCUUCUGCAGAUGGUCUCGCACGAGCCUCCGGUGCACAGACGUGCCUUGCUGAUGUCACGCGCGUGCCCCCAGACACCACCAGAUCAAAACGAGUGACCUCUGCCUCGCCAAAACUUACUCGGAAAGGACACCAAGCUGUAAAAGCCACUCAGAGUGUGAUGGUCAAACCCUCACUUCACGCGGCUGGUGACAUGGAUGGGCAGUCAAGGAUUCGCUCAUGCACUUGAAGGAAGGAAGGCAACGGAUGAGCAGCACUUUCAUCUUGCAUUUUUUUCCUUUGCGUUUUCCACAGAACAACGGGCAGGCAACAUCGGAACCGAUCCUGGCAUCCUUUACUCUAAUCUAAUCUGUAUCAGCAGGUUUCCACUUUACAAUGUUUCCUUUUGCAAGAACGCAAGAAUCCCUUCCUCAAACUGGUAUCUGAGGCCUAAUUGUUAUUAUUUCCAAGAAUUCUGAGAAGUAAACUUUAGUUUUAGCCAAUGAUGUUUUAGUGAGGACAAAAAAAAAACAUCGUUCAGUAUUUUAAUGAAUUUUUGUAUUUCGUUUAGAUUGA